GAUUUUGACACCAACUCCAACAAUGUCCUUCACUUCGAAUAGUAGCUUGUCUUCUGUCAUCAGUACAGGGACACCUUCUUUGGAAAUUUAUGUAACGAUGCCAAGAACUGAAAUAAAUACAUCUGCUAUAACGCCGUUUACAUCCUCUCCAAGCAUGUCAUCAACAAGUUCAACUAUAGUGGUUGCUUCGUCAAUUUAUAUAAUAACACCUGACCCUGCAGCAGCACAUAAAGUUAAAGAAUCAGAUAUAAACGCUGCAUACAUUGCAGUUCCAGUGGUAGUAUGUGUGAUUGCAUUACUAUUAGGCGUUGGUAUCAUAUGGUGGAGACGAAGGACACCUAAGUCUGCAGUUUUAUUUGAAAGGAGCGAACCUGGCUCCAUAAUAACAAACCAAGUAUAUGCAGCAAAUGAUAUAGACAGAAAUUGUUCUUUGAUGAAUGUGCGUCAAUCAAGAGUGCACGAGUACGCAGAAAUACAUUUAGACAUAAUGAAUUCCGGUGAAACCAUAGGAGAUAAUUAUCAAACAAUAGACAUUCUACCUGAAGACAAAGCUGACGUGAAGAAAUCGUAUGAUACUUUUAAACUAUCAGAGACGGAGUUUACUGAUACAAACUACUCUCAUAUCGGUUUAAACAAUACGCAAAAUAAUACUCACGCUGAUAAUACAUACUCUCAUACACAAUUGGAGAAUGUGACACAGAAACCUGAAAUAACCGUCAAUGGUGAUGAUACGUAUAACAAGUUACACAGUGCAACAUUACCUGAAAGAAGAUGUCAAGAUACAGAAAACUCAGACACGGAGUACAGCCAUGCUCAUGCUGGGGGCCAGGGCCCUCAAAACGAAGCUGAUAAUUAUUCACAUCUGGACACAAAUAUGCGAACACAAGGAAAGUCUACUAUAAUGACUAAACGUCAAUGUGAAGAUGGAAAGAAAAACAAAAAAAGCAACACCUGCCAAUCAUCUGCUAAGGACCUUCCAUUAAAUACAGAUUAUGAAUUCGCGAAAGAUUUUGAUAAUCUGCAAAGUAGCAGUAAAGCACCAGAGUACGCCAAGGUAACAAAAAAGAAACCUGCUUUUAACGAAGCUUAUAAUGCAGGUAAAGAUAACGAAACGGCUGUCGGUACAAUACACAAUUAUCUUAUUUUAAAACCAGAACAAAAUCAAGCACCAACUGCUGCAUUGUUUAACGUGGUUGAGGACGAACCUGUGGUUGAAGACGAACCUGCUACGACUGGAGGAAAACACGAGACAGAAACGGAUCAUAAGUAUUUUACAUUAGAAAAACUUAAUACUUAAUGGAAUCAGAAAAAUACUUGAAAGUUUAUUUCUAUUAAAUGGUCACAGAUACGAAGAAAGAAUGUUUGAGUUUCCUGUUCUGUUCCAAAACAUAUGUUUGUUUUUAUAAGGUGUAUUAAAGAGAAACACAAAAAUAUAUUUAAUUCAUAAGAAGAAAA